AUGGAUGACGUGGUUCUGAGAGCAGAGGGGCCUGUAGGAGGAAGAUGGGGUCUGAGAGAGGAAGUGAGGGCCGGAUGGAGGAGGGGAGACCUUGUGGGAGGAGGCCUCCGAAUUCCUCACACUCCAACCGGCAGCAGUGUGGGAUUGCUCAUGUCCCAAGUGCUGCUGACAGCAACACCUAUUGAAAACCUAUUUCCAAAGGCUGAGGGCAGUGCCUGGGGACCUAGUGUGACAGAAAUGGAAGGAAGAGAAGGGAAGCAAGGGGCCAGCCUGUCCUGCACUUGUCUCUUCCUUAAGUGUUCUGCUGUUUCUGAGAGUCCCAGCUCCCACAACAGCCUCAAGUGCAGCCUUGGGUUGACAAGAAGUGUGUCGUUGCAGGGGUUGGUGUCAUUUGAGGAUGUAGCUGUGGACUUCACCUGGCAGGAGUGGCAGGAGCUGGAUGCUGCUCAGAGGACCCUCUACAGGGACGUGAUGCUGGAGAACUACAGCAGCCUGGUGUCCUUGGGUGAGUCUCGUUCCCUGGCAGCUCUCACACAGCUCAAAUGGAGCAGCCAUGUUGCAUCAGUGAAACGGACAUCCGACUUGGGAAAUAUUUACGUGUCAUUUUCCAUUACAGGGCACUGCGUGGCUAAACCUGAGCUGAUCUUCAGGUUGGAGCAUGGAUUUGGGCCGUGGAAUAUGGGGGAGACGCCACUCUGGAGUAUCCCAGGUGUUCUUGAAGUGUAUGCUCCAGAUAAGAAUUACCUGGAAAAUCCGGAGAGUCACGGGUGGCCGGUGGGAAGCAUCGGCAGGAAUCUGUCCAACAAAGAGAUGAUCGAAAAAACCUUGACAUUCUUUUGUUUCAAGGCAGAAAUGAAGGUUCAGCUGGAACUCCAUCGAGGCACAAAACCCCAUGAAUGUAAACCGUGUAUGAAAAUGGCCACCCUGCCAGCACAGCAGCACAGCAAGCAGCGUGCAUGUUAUUCAAGUGUGGAAGCCUACGGAUGGAAAGCAUGUGAGAAAGCUUUCUGUUUCAAGUCAGCGCUCCCUGCACAUCAGAGAACUCGUACCAGAUUGAAAAUCUAUCAGUGUACAGAAUGCAGGAAAGCUUUCCCCUCCAAGUCAGAACUCGCUGUACAUCAUAGAAUUCACACCGGUGAGAAGCCCCACGAGUGUGAAGAGUGCGGUAAAGCUUUCUAUCGCAAGUCAACCCUGACAGUACAUCAGAAAACUCACAGAGGUGAGAAACCUUACGAGUGUAAAGAGUGUUGGAAAGCUUUCUAUUAUAAGUCCACCCUCACUGAGCAUCAGCGGAUUCAUACAGGCGAGAAGCCGUAUGUCUGUCAAGAGUGUGGCAAAGCCUUCUUCUACAAGUCAAACUUAACUCGCCAUCAUAGAACUCAUACAGGUGAGAAGCCUUAUGAGUGUGAAGAGUGCAGGAAAGGUUUUUCCUCCAAGUCAGAGCUCACGUCCCAUCAUCGAACUCACACCGGUGAGAAGCCCUAUCAGUGUGAAGAAUGUGGUAAAGCUUUUUACUGCAAGUCAACCCUCCGUGUACAUCAAAAAAUACACACAGGGGAAAAGCCUUAUGAGUGCAAGGAAUGUCAGAAAUCUUUCUAUUAUAAGUCCACCCUGACUGAACAUCAGAGAACUCAUACAGGGGAGAAGCCCUACGAAUGUAAAGAGUGUGGCAAAGCCUUUUUCUACAAGUCACAGUUAACUCGCCAUCAUAGAAUCCAUACAGGCGAGAAGCCUUAUGAGUGUGAGGAAUGCAGGAAAGCUUUCUCCUCCAAGUCGGAGCUCACUGCUCAUCAUAGAACUCACACUGGUGAGAAGCCCUAUGAGUGUAAAGAGUGCGGCAAAUGUUUCUGUCGCAAGUCACACUUAACUCUGCAUUAUAGAAUCCAUACAGGAGAGAAGCCCUAUGAAUGUAAAGAUUGCAAAAAAGCUUUUUUCUGCAAGUCAGGACUUGCCCGACAUCUGGGAACUCACACACAUGAUACUAAUACAAAGAAAAGAGCAAAACAUUUUCCUGUAACUCACAGCUCAACCAACCUCAGAAAUGUCAUACAAGUGAGAGACCCUGUGGCUAUGAAGAAUGAAGGAAAACUCCCUGCUUUAAGUCAGUCCACACUCCAUAGCAUGGACUUGUUAGAGUUGAGAAGUCCUGUAGAUGUACAUAAUGCAGGAAAACUUAACCUCAUAACUCAUACCUCAUUCAAUAUGACUGAACACAGAUGA